GUUGGCUCUCCAGGGAAGUGAGGAAACACUUCUUAUCAGCCCUCCCAUUUCCUUCAGGUUGGGGAAACUCUCCUUUCUCUGGGGAACUUCCUCCAAGACCCCUCUAUAAAAUGUCACUGCGGGAUGGAGAGAAGGAGAGUCUGAGCUUUGUGAACUCCUCAGGAGCCAGGAAGACCUCUGGGCAAGUAAGCGCUCUCCUUGUCGUGGUGGAGCUGAUUUCGGAACAAAAGCCAAGAUGAAAGUCCCCCUACUUCUGGCUCUUCUAUUUGGGGCAGUUUCAACUCUCCAUCUGAGAGAUGAGCCUGUGCCUCAGAAUGGGGAGAUGCCAGAAAAUGAGGCAAAGGAGGCCCCUACGGGGGAGCUGACGCUGCUGGAGGAAGAGGAGGAGGGGUACUCGGGAAGUGAAGAUGCCCCUGAGGAGGAGAGGGCUGUAGACUCUGCCUCAGCCCUGGAUGAGGCGGAUGAGGACUUUCAGUGCCCUAAAGAAGAGGACACAGUGAAACUGGAGAACAGCCCUGGGUGCAAGAACUGUCACCACUUCCUCAUAUUUAUUUGCCGGAGGUGCUACCGGGGCAACCUCGUCUCCAUCCACAACUUCUACUUCAAUCGCCGGAUCCAGUGCUCAGUCAGCGGGCUCAACCAGGGCCAAGUCUGGAUCGGAGGCAGGAUCAGAGGCUGGGGACCCUGCAAACGCUUUCAGUGGGUUGACGGCAGUUCCUGGAACUUUGGAUACUGGGCUCCUGGCCAGCCCCGGGCCAGGGGUGGCAGAUGUGUGGCCCUGUGUACCCGAGGAGGUUACUGGCGUCGAACUCGCUGCUGCAGGCGCCUCCCCUUCAUCUGUUCCUACUGA